AUCUCUUACUUCGUCCCUCCUUUCCUUCCCCAAUUACGCGGUGCAUACUUCUUCUCUCUCCUCCCUUAGCUUCAAAAUUCAACUUCCUUUUUUUCAUUAAAAUUACAACUGCAGCAAAGACCACAUUCUUCAUUUGAAUGCUUCAACUCUCUCUCUCUAUCUCUCUCCUUUGAACUAUAUUCUACACUUUCUCUCCCUUCUUAAUACUCUCUUUUAUGGAGUCUCCCGAUUCUUCAACCUACAUUUCUUCUCCCAAGCGAUCUGGUAGCCCCAAAUCUCCCAAUUCAGAAUUCAUGGAGAAGCCUACCUACCUUAAGUUCCUUGUUUCAAAUGCUGCUGCUGGUUCAGUUAUUGGGAAAGGUGGGUCAACGAUCACUGAUUUUCAGAAAGACUCUGGGGCUCGAAUUCAGUUGUCACGCAAUCAGGAAUACUUUCCAGGGACAGCUGACAGAAUAAUUAUGAUAUCUGGGAAGAUAGAUGAUGUACUGAAGGCUAUGGACCUUAUCCUCAACAAACUGCUUAGUGAGAUUCAAUCUGAAGAUGGUGAUGAUGCUGACCAAAUAUCAAAAGUUAGGCUUGUAGUCCCAAACAACUGUUGUGGUGCCAUUAUUGGCAAGAGUGGAGCCACGAUAAAGUCAUUUAUUGAAGACUCUCAAGCUGGCAUAAAGAUAUCCCCCCAAGACAAUAACUAUAUUGGGUUGACUGAUAGAGUUGUCACGCUGACAGGUUCUUUUGAGGAACAGAUGCGAGCUAUUGAUCUUAUUUUGUCCAAGCUAUCAGAAGAUUCUCUUUACUUGCAGUCCAUGAAUGCUCCUCUUUCAUACCCAGUUGGAACAGCAGGGUACAACGCAAACUAUGGACCGAACGGUGUCGCAGCAAGAUAUCCGAGUAACAAGGAAGAUCGAGGUAACUCUUUGACAAUUGGCGUUGCUGAUGAGCAUAUUGGUGUGGUAGUUGGUCGUGGUGGAAGGAACAUACUCGAAAUCAGUCAGGCUAGUGGGGCUAGAAUUAAGAUAUCAGACAGAGGUGAUUUCAUGUCCGGUACAUCUAACAGGAAAGUUACAAUUACUGGGUCACUUGGAGCAAUUCGUACAGCUGAGGCCAUGAUUAAUCAGAAAGUGGCUUCUGUCAUAGAGAGGUGAAUGUUAUAUUUUGUGCACUCAUGUCUUAUUCACCAAUGUUACGAAAAUCAGACUGCAAUUCCUGUUGAGCAGUUGAUGAGUAAUUUGGCUGCGACAAAAGUUAGAUACUCGUUGCUUUCAUUUGAAACCCCAAUGUCCGCUGAGGUUGAGAGGAGCAGAAGCUUCAGUUAGAGAAGAGCUCAUCACGGAAUUGUUGUUAGGAGAGUGUUACUUGUCAGCGGUACCACAUUGACUUCAUAUCCCUCCCGAAAAACAUUUAUUUAAAAUAUUUAUUCCAGGCCACAUCGUUUUUGUACUUUCUUAGUAGAAUCUGAUUCACAUAUCUUGCAUAAUAUGCGAUUGACUAAUAAUUGAUACGUCGCAGAGUUUUUGUUAAUUCAUUUUCCCCAACAACAGAACACAUUUCCUUAAGAGUCCCAUUGUCGUUUUCGUUGUAUGUUUUUCUUUCAACAUACCG